AUGGUGGCCGCGCUGCGCCGCUCGCCGCUGGCGCGCGACGCGAGCUCGCGGCGCGGCCGCGGCAGCAAAAACAACAACCGUCUACUUCUCCUUCUCUUCUCGUCUUGUCGCAGGCGCACACGCGCGCGACGUGCGCUCGUUCGCCGCGUUCGCUCCGCGAAGGGCGAUUCGAACCGGGAGCCAGUCGGCGCAGCGGCGGCACGCGGCGGCAAAACGCACGACGCUCACCUCAUGGAGAUGCUGCGGCUUUGGCACCUCCUGAUAUAA